AUGCCUCCUCAUCUCAUUGAUACUCCGAGGCGGUACCCUCCUCACUAUUUCCACAAGCAAUUCAUAACUGCUGAUGAAUGGAUCCAACAGGGCGUUGGCAACUACGAAUACUAUUGCCCCGAGAAGGGCGCGACAUUCCCUCCGUACAAGUGGCUUGGUCGCCUACCUGACCUCCGAGAUCACAACACGUAUACCGCGGAAAUCCUACGACGCUAUCCGGAGUUGUACGAUCAGCUCAAGCGUCGUGUCACAGAAAAUGGCGUCGGUUUAGGAAAGUGCAUCAAAACUGGCAUAGACAACAUUUCUGCUCAAAUUGGCAAGCAGGUCGGCAUUGUGGCGGCUGACGUCGAAAGCUACUGGACCUUCGCCGAGCUAUUCGAUGAGGUCAUAUGCAAGCUCCAUGGCUACUCGAAGGACGACAUACAGUCACACGACUUCGACUCCACAAAGUUGACGGACACCCGAAUAGAUCCGCAGGGAAGAUACGUCCUGUCUAGCACUAUGCGCGUGGUGCGUUCAUUGGAGGGGUACAACUUAACACCAAGUCUGUCAUUUGAAGAUCGCAGAGCAGUUGAGCAAGUGAUCUCAGCAGCGCUUGCCGAUCUGGGUGGUGUGUACAAGGGGAACUACUACGGCCUACCUGGCAGCGAAAGCUAUAGUGGUACCGAGCUCGGUCGAGACGAGGAGGCUCGGCUGAAGGAGGAAGGCAUCCUACUGCCUGAGCCUGCCUCUACGAUUGUCCUGUCCUCGGGGAUAGGCCGACAUUGGCCUGAUGGUCGCGGGAUGUUCUAUAACGACACGAGGGACGUCUACGUGUGGGUUAAUAACAGCGAUCACAUGGAGAUCUCUGCGAAAGCUCAAGGAGAUGCCGUGAAGGAGACCUUCGGAAAACUCAUGGGUAUAGUUGGUGAUGUAGAGAAAACACUACGGCGUCAAGGUAGCCGCGGCUUUGCCCACGAUGAGCAUUUUGGGUACCUGUCAACCUGCCCUAGCAAUCUUGGUACGGGUCUCGGGAUCCUACUGGAGAUGCGCUUACCCAAUCUGAUGAAUCGAUCUGAGUUCCGAGAUAUCCUCAGAGUACUCGGGUUGCGAAUGUUCGUCACUGAGGCCGACAGUACUGUGUGCUGCAUUGAAAAUACUCAGAGAGCUGGUCCAACCGAGGUGGAGCUCACGAAUGCCUUCAUAGAGUCGUGUAGAAAAUUGGUGACGUUAGAGAGCUGCCUUGAAAAAGGCUCUAAUGUGGAGGAUGAAAUGAAAACCAUAGGCGUUGCUCAGGCCCCGGAGGAGCUCCCUGAUCUGUCGGGUCAUGAGAGCCUUCUUGCCAAGGUGUUGAUGGAGAAGCCCUCUUUGUAUAAAUACUUGCGGAAUCGAGUCACAAGCAAUGGUGUUACCAUUGCGAAGUGUAUAAAGAGUGGUAUGGAUAAUCCCAGUCAGGCAGAUGGAGGGAAGGUCGGCAUCAUAGCUGGAGAUGAAGAAAGCUACGAAGUCUUCAAAGGGCUAUUUGACACCAUCAUUGAUCGCUGGCACUGUGGCUUCCCACGGCAUGCUAAGCACACCAACGAUCUCGACCCUUAUAAAAUAACCAAGACGCAAAUCGAUCCUACAGGAAAAUACGUUCUUUCUUCCCGUGUGAGCAUCGUGCGAUCGAUCCGAGGGUACAGACUACCGCCGAGCAUAUCCUUCCAAGAACGCCGAGACGUAGAGAGGUUGGCCGUGCAGGCCUUGAAGACCUUCCCCAUACAUCUCCAUGGUUACUACAAACCUCUGCUCGGGAGUCGGAGUUUCUCCACGGAGAAUAAUGGCUCUGAUGAAACUCACAAAAAGGAGGAGGAUAUCGUCCACCCUGAGUCGGGGCCUUUGCUCUCUUCCGGGAUCGGCCGACACUGGCCUGAUGCUCGAGGUGUAUUCCACAAUGAUACAGAUGAUCUCAGAGUUCUGGUUAACGAUGUGGAGCACUUGGAGUUCAUUUCGACCCGGAAAGGGGAUGGUGUCAGAGCAUGCUUCGCCGAGCUUUCGGAAGCCCUCCGCACCUUCGAGGCUUCACUUGCGUCCCAGAAUCGGGAGUUCAUGCACAACGAUCGUCUCGGGUACCUCUCGUCACACCUCGACAACCUCGGCACUGGACUGCACAUCUCAGUAGAGAUGAGGAUCCCCAAUAUGAUCGGCAGACCUGAUUUCGAGCGAAUCAUUCGUAGAAUUGGACUCAAAGCCGCCGGGAACACGCAAGGCGAUAAGUUUCAUCACACUUUGUUUGUCGAGAAUCUCGACGUCUUGGGACGUAGUGAAGUCCAAAUAGCUGAUACCGUUAUAGAAGGUUGCGCCAGGCUGGUCGAGUGGGAGCAAGCGCUGGAGAAGGGUCGAGACAUCACGUCUGAGCUACCAAGAUGA